UCGCUUCUCACAGGGCCGGAAAUGACGUUUCAUUUUGCCGGCCCGGUUCCCCGGUGACAUUUUAUAGUAGUGGUUAGCGGCGGCAAUGGAGACUGCGGCAAGUCCCGGGGAGCGGUGGGCGCCGGUGGGCGCGGUAGCCGAGGUCCAAGCUGGAGAGGAAGAAGUCGGAGAGGAAAUCGAAGCCGAACCGGGAUCCCCGCGGGCACUUAGGGCGGAACGCCGCCGCCUUCACUCGGCUCUCCUGGCUUUGGCUUCGCACUUCGCACAGGUCCAGUUCCGGCUCCGGCAAGUGGCGCGUGCCGGCCCAGGGCAGCAGCAGCGUCUCCUCCGUGAGCUUGAGGAAUUCGCUUUUCGCGGCUGCCCCGGCUCCGGCCUCGGCUUUGCCGCGGCGGCGGUGGACGGAGUGGGCAGCGACGCGAAGAAUGAAUAUGAGAAGCAAGCACAGGUGGAAGCUAGAAAAGAGAAGCAACGAGAACUAAUUCUGCAGCUUAAGGCACAGUUAGAUGACUUGGAAACAUUUGCCUACCAGGAGGGUAGCUAUGAUGCCUUGCCUCAGUCUAUGGUCAUGGAGAGACAGCAGGUGAUUAUUGAGGAGCUAAUCAAGAAAUUGGACAUGAACUUGAGUGAGGACAUUGCCUUGCUGUCCCCAGAAGAGUUGCGUCAGCAGGUGGAUGUUGCUGUGGCACAAAUCAUCAACCCAGCACGUGUAAAGGAACAGCUGGUGGAUCAGUUGAAAACCCAGAUCCGGGACCUUGAAAUGUUUAUCAAUUUCAUCCAGGAAGAAGGUAGUCCUGGCAAACCAGAGGAGGGACAUUGUGACUGUUCAAGCGGACAAACUGGAAGUGGCACCUACAAGCCAAAUGUGCAGCAACAUCAUAGAAGCAGCAGAGUGAACUCAGAAGAAGCCCAGAGGAUGCGAGAAACAGGGCUGCAUCUCAUGCGUCGGAUGCUUGCUAUGCUACAGAUUUUUGCUUUGAGCCAAUUUGGUUGUGGAACAGGUCAAAUCCCUCAUCAGUUAUGGCAGAGGAACCAGUCUGACAGAGACUAUUCCCCUUUAAUGAACAAGCUAGAGAUGGCGGUGGCCCAUGUCAGGCAACUUGCUCAAAAGUACCAGUUGCGAGAGACAGAACAUGUCAUCAGCUAUUCAGGGAUCCAGGACACUUCCUUGGGAGGACGUGAUGAACUAACAUUGGCAGUACGUAAAGAACUGACAACUGCUGUGCGGGAUCUUCUGGCUCAUGGUCUCUACACUCCAUCUCCUGGGAUGAGCUUGGUUCUAGCUCCAAUUGCCUGCUUGCUUCCUAUGCUGGGCUCUUCUCCCCAGCCAAUGCAUCCAUGGGAACUCUUUGUGAAGUAUUACAGUUCAAAGAACGGCCGUGCCUUUGUGGAAUCACCAGCUCGUAAACUCUCCCAGUCUUUUGCCCUUCCAGUGAUGGGUGGGGUACCUACCACUCCAAAGCAGAGCCUGCUGUCAGCCAUUCACACAGUAUUGUCAGAACAUGACCCAUUCAAGCGUAGUGCAGACUCAGAACUGAAGGCACUGGUAUGUCUGGCACUCAAUGAGCAACGUUUAGUCUCAUGGCUCAAUCUUAUCUGUAAGUCAGGAACUUUGAUCCAAGUCCACUACCAACCCUGGAGUUACAUGGCCCAGACAGGCUUUGAGGGAGCCCUUAACCUCCUUAGCCGUCUUAGUAAUCUACAAUUCAGCCUUCCUGUGGACUUGGCCGUUCGGCAGUUGAAAAACAUCAGGGAUGCCUUUUGAAUGGCUUGGCAAGUGGAGGUUGUUUCAGUCCUGGGGUUGGCUGGUGGGAAGGAUACAUUUGUUGUUCUAACCAGGAGGCCGUAUUGGUGUGUUCCUACAGAAGGAAAUAUUGUUAGUUGACUAGUCUGCUGCUAUUGGCGAUUCCAAUCACAUGCAUCAGGAUCCUGAUUGGCAGGAUCUUUUAAGGUAUCUGCUGCAUGGACAAAUUUGACAGUGGAGUUAGAGAACAUUUCACUUGCAAAUAUGGAGGGGAAUGUUAGGAAGGUUUUGUCCUGCCAUGGAACCAAGGUUAUAUUUAAACAUAGCUAAUAUUUUAGUUGCAUCACAGUUUAUAUGUUCUCUCCCUGAGGCAUAAGGUACUGAUACCUACAUUUAUCAUUUAACUUUUAAAUAUACUGCCUGGCUUCUCACAUUUGAAGAAGGGAUUUACUAUGUGCCAGUGGCCUUAAACUAUUUGAUACUGAUGCUACAGAACCAGUUACUUCCAGGGAAAUGUGUUUGUUUUUUCCAAUUGAGCUGUUUUGUGCUAGGAAAUAGAGUCCAUUAUAUCCUUACAGGUCAAUAUAUGCUCAAUAUUUUCAGCUGGCUUGCUGAUAAGGAAAUACAUUGUUUAAGUAAAUACCAGUUUGCUUAGAUUCCAACCAAACAUGAGAACAAAAAAUUCAAUACAUUCCGGUGCUGAGAGAUUAUUUUGUGAAUUAAAUGGAAAUAAUUAGAAAUGAUAAUACCUUACAGCACAGUUUAAUUUGGGAUCUUAAUUACUUUGACAGAGUAGGAUAAAAUCUUAACUUGAAGUCAAGAAUGAAAAAGCUAUUAAGCUUGAACAUUUAAAUCAGCAUCUUCCUUGAAAGAACAAAUAACUUGAUGCUAGAAGUCUUCUCAAUGGCAGACAAAAUAGCCUCCUUUGAUUUGGUUAUGCACAACCAAUAAAGCUGCUGUUUUGGAAAUUCAUACUGUCAAACAUUGAACCUGAACCUAUUGAUUCUUCCAUUAGAUCUCUUAAAGCAAUGCUUGGCUAUAAUGUUCUUCUUUUGAAUUAUGUUUCUUCAGAAUAAUGGUAAAAGAUGUAUCUAAAGAGUGUCCAUUUCAGAUUAUGGCACUCUUAUUCUUUAGGCGAAUAGUAAUCUUUUAGUCUCUGUAUAUGCAGCACUUGUAACUCUGUAUAGUGUCUCUUAAGACUUCCUGUAUGUGUAAGAUUGAAGGCAAACUACAGUCUCAAAGCUGAUUCUGAUCAUGCUAUUGCUCAAAAGGGCAAGCACAGGGGGCUCAUUGACUUCUUGGCUACAUAAACUGCAGUUUUGUUUUAAACUAGUUGUGAUAUAUCUAUAUAUCUAUAUGAAUGGUCUGAUUGAAACUCCUAUCUAGCAUAGGUGCUCUUUUCUACCCUUUGAUAGUUCAUUCAUUGGUGCGCUUUAAAAAAUUCUACCCUAAGUCCUUGGGUAUCUUCAAUUAAAAAUAUUUGUAUUAUUUGUUUUGAACCCAGUUCACUGCAAUGGGAAGAAGAAAUUGAUUGCGAAAAUGUCUUUUGCUUUUAAUAAAUUCAGUCUGGUGUCCUUA